ACAGCACAUGGUUUUAUUGCAUAAGUUUUUUUGUGGAGUUGUACGAAGUUCGUGAAACGAAACAUCGUAUUUAAUAUUAACUUAAGUUUAACUUUACGAACAAUGUCUACAUCUGUUAACAAUCAAAAUGAACUUCUUCCUCCUCCUGUGUUGUGGGCACAAAGAAAGCACCUUUUGUAUCUCAUGAUAGCUCUAGAAGAUUGUAAAAGCCCAACAAUCAAAUUAGAAAAUGAUAAACUUUAUUUCAGGGGAAAAGGAGGAGUAGAAAACAAAGAACAUGAAGUUACUCUAAAGUUUUUAGAGGAAAUAAAACCAGAGGAAUCAAAGUAUGCAGUACGAGGAAGAGGAAUUGAAUUUAUCUUAAUAAAAGUGAAAGAAGGCCGAUAUUGGAGUAGGCUGCUUAAAGAUGAAAAAAAGGUGAGUGUUACA